AUGGAAGCAGACCAGGUCACAGAAAAGCCUCAUUCCACCGUGGAUGCUCCGGAGCUCACCUCUUCAAAGGACCCCUCUGCUGAGGACUUUCAGGAUCUCUCCACCUCUGCAGCCAUCUUAGAGUCUUCCAUUCCUGAGGCCCCUUUAGUAGCCCUUAUCUCUGAAUCUCAUUUGGUGCCAUCACCCUCUCCCCUGACACCUUUAGAGAUCCACCCCUCUGCAGCCAUCUUAGAAUCUUCCAUCUCUGAGACACCUUUAGAGCAUUCUACCUCUGAGUUUCCUCUGGAGACUCACAUCCCUCAGGUUCCAGAGGAAAACUUUAUUAUUCAAGCCUCAGCACAAAGCCAUUCCUCUGUACCUUCUUCUAAUUAUCGGAAAGAAGACUUUGUAUCUCCAUCUUCCUCCAGUGAGGUCCCAGGGACCAGGAGGGACUUCCAGAUCUCUGAUGAUGAGGCUCCUCAACAACACACCAUUUCAGGUUCUUCAGCCCAGAUUCAGCUGGAUGCAUCUGCAGAGCAGAGAGAAGAGGAGAAAGAGGAUGAGAAGGGAAUAGAUGUCACUGACAGCACUGCUCAGCCUGAACGCCAACUGGGUUACCCAGCCCAGCCAGUGGUCCCUGCCACACAGGGAGAGCUGGUAGAAGUGGCUAAGGCAAUGCCCAGAGAGAAGUUUGGUGCUCAGGUGCAAUACCGUUUCCAGUGGGAGAAGAACACAGCCCUGUGUGCUAUCCAGACAGGUCUCUACAUUGGUUGGCGCUGCCCUCACUAUCUAUGGGACUGUUUCCGAAUUGGGGAUGAAUCUAAGUGCUUUUGUGGACACUUGUUGAAAGAACACAGGAUCAUUUCUGAUAUAUCUGUGCCCUGCAACAUAGGCCAGUGCCGCUGUCUCAUGUUCUGCUUUAUCCCAUCACGCCCAGAAGAGGUGGGUGAGUUCUGGCUCAAGAGAAGGGCCACCUUUGAUCCCAAGGCCUGGAGAGCGCAAUGUCGCUGCAAACAUAGCCACGAAGACCAUGCAGCUACCGGUUCCCAUCCCUGCAGGAUCAAAGGCUGUUGCUGCAACUGCUUUGAAUCUAAUUUCCUGUGUGCGGCCUGUGACCGACGCUGGGAGGAACAUGAGACUUUCUUUGAGACUGAAGAGACCAGGCGACGAGGAGGGAGGCCUCAUGGGACAAGCGUAGUCAAUACCUGGCGUAGGCCUUUGUGAGCCUGACCCAGAUCCGC